AUGGGUUCUUCUACAACUGUACUUGAGCUUCCACUGACACGUAUGAGACAGUUACUCGGGGGUCGAGUUGCAGCAGUCGCUGUGUCUCUUUCUUCUUCGCCCCCUUCGAGGCUAUACUCCUCCACCUCUGAUAAUCCCUCCCACAAGGCGAGCCUUGUUGCGCCGCCACAGGAACCACGGCAAUUCUACCGCCGUCCCCUCCCUGCAUCCUGCAUAGCUUUCGGCACCGCGGAGGGACGGCAACUCUUCAAAGAGGCGCUGGAAAUGGGUUUUUUGGAAUGCUUUUUCGAUUUGGUUCCUCAACUUCGAACGCAAGUGCAGCCAUCCUACUGCGGUUUGUCGGCGAUGGUGAUGGUGCUGAACUCGUUUGAGAUGGACCCGGGCCGAGUGUGGAAGGCGCCAUGGCGCUGGUAUCACGAGGACAUGCUCACCUGUUGCCUCUCCUCGGAGGAUCUCCUUACCCACGGCAUCACUCUCGAUCAGUUCCAGUCUAUUGCCAAGUGUAACGGACUCAAUGUUGAUCUGCGACAGCCGACCUCACCAGGCGAGACAGUGGAAACUUUUCGAUCCUCCCUCCUGAACAUCUGCUCUCAGUCUCUCUCGACAUCGGGCACGAUUUUAGUGGUCUCCUAUGACCGCAAGGCGGUGAAGCAGACGGGGAAUGGGCACUACGCGUUGGUGAGCGGCUACCACCCAAAGCGCGACCUCAUUCUUGUACUCGAGACUGCAGCCUUUAAGUACCCCUCCCAUUGGGCGCCCCUCACCGCCAUCUACAACGGUAUGUGCUCCCUUGACAAUGUAACUGGUCGCCCACGUGGCUACAUGUUCAUCACCAAGGCCUUCCACGCUCGGACCGGCCUCCUUUCCCCUUACCCACACGGUCCUGCAGCUCCAGACGCGGAUGCGCGAGAUCCCUCUGCUCAACAGCCCCUCUCCGCCAACGAUCCGCCCUCUGCACUAGCUAAAGUCGCGCCCUACGUCAGUCAACUGAUCAACCAACUCACACUCUUCUGCCUUCCUGAUACCGUCUAUCAGGCAUUUUCUUCUUCUGCUUCUCUGCUGGACCUGGAAAGUGCCGGUGGUCGCCUGCGUGCAGUCGCAGAUGAGUGGUCAGCUUACCUCAGCUCGACGUCACUAGAGAGCUUGGGGAAGACGUGCUGCUGCCUCCUGCAAUCCCACAAUCAAGAGCGAGGUCAGAGUUUGAGUCGAGGUCAACGGGAGCCAUACUCAGCCUUAGGGCCCGGGAACUGCUCACCCAUUCUUACAUCCACCUCACCGCCCCAAAUUGGCCCUGCGCAUCGCUGUGAUUGUCCUUGCCUCGUGGAUAUUCUACUCGACCGGCUUCUCGCUCUUCUUGUCAAACACCGGCCUCCCAACUUCUUCUUCAGCUGCCAGCCUCUCUGGGCCGAAUCCAGUCCCAGUGCCUCUUCCACCAACGAAACUGCCACACAGGUGGUAUUUGAGCUGGUGUCAUCGGCCGCAGGUCGACGAGCUCGACUGGCGUUAGAACGACUGCAACACCGAUCCUAUGAGUGGCUGACCUCAGACAGUGGGGGUCCGCUGACCUACCGCGCGGCGCCGACUUCAGGGUUGGGGUUGAGAGGAACGGUGGCAGCGGCUGGAAGCAGUGUCCCCUAUCGCCGCCCCGCGUGCGCGUUGCCUCUUGUUACGGACCCGAAGAUUCGCGCCACAUCCCUCCUCACUGCCUUUCUCCUUGCCUUCCCCUACCACACUGUUCCGCACCGUUCCAGCACUACCGGCGACGCAACCACUGCAGACGAUGGUGGUAGCGAGCAAGCCCUCGUGGGGGUCCUGAAAAGUUCCCACCAUUUGCUCUACCACCUGCCUCUCCUGCCAGGUCAGACGUGCUUCGCUGUACUUACACCAGGCACGCGCAACGAGCUCACUACCCUCUCUAACAUCCUUGCCCAACUUGUGACCACCCGUCGGUCCCCUGGCAGUCGCUGCAUCGAAAAUGCGGUAGAUUAA